UUCAAUUUGGCACGCUAGAGGCAUGCAGUCAUGUGACUCCGUUGCGCGCGCAGCACCGGUGUAGUGCCAAGAUGGCUGCCGUACUGCGUCGUUGCCUUUGAAUUAGUCCGUGAAUUUUCCAGUUUUACGUUCGCACAGUGUACGCAUCAUGCUAAGGUUUGAAACAAUGGACAUGGACGAUGAUGCUGCGUCGACGAGGGAACCGAUGGGAGCAGGACGUACCUUCCUGGAUUCCUGAAGCAGUGGACUGAUGUCGUAGACGAACUUCUCCUUGGUCAUCUCGUUGGUGCUACGAUUGCAACGCAGAUUGGACUUGAUCGUUUCUGCCGACGGCUCAUCCGAUGGCGAGUUCUACCGAUUUCGGCGGCGGUAGGCUGGGAGCGGAGAGAUGGAGACGGCGGAAGAAGUCGAGGAUAAAAAGAAAAAGGAGCACAGAGUCCUCUCGGUGGACAAGAUCACCGUCGAGAAAAUCGUGCUCGAGUCCUCGUGUGGGUCGCGCGAGGUUCUCCUGACGAAGAACGAGAGCUCUCGCAAGCUGUCGAUCGAAUCCGAAACCGGCGACACGAUUCCCAAAGAAUACGCGAAACCCGAAUUGGGAAUCAACGAAAUCAAGAAGGCGAGCAGAAUAAAGCCGAUAAGGCUGACCAAGAGGCCUUCCAUCGGCAGCAUCGUGAUCGCAGGACUGAAAAGCGUUCCGUCGAAGACGGAAGAGAAGGAGACGGACGUUCAGGGAGAGAACGAGGAGAACGAGAUCGAAAAGAUCAAUGCGAAAAAUCGCCUGGAGAAGAGUCGAACGAAUAUCGAGGAGCUGCAGCAGAACUUGGGAACGAAGAUCGACGCCGACACGGCGGAGAAGUACAAGCGGAAGCUGUUGGAGUCGAGAGAGAAGGCGCUGAAGCCUGUGGACUCGAACGCGAACGAGAAGGGUAGAGUCGCGUUCGACGAGGAGUUCCUCCAGAAGCACAAUCUGGACAAGAGAUUGAAAAUCGAAGAGUACGAACCGACGGGUACCACAGAUCGACUCGACGAGGAGGGUAACGAGGAGGAACCUCGGUUAACCGAAAAGAACGCGAGACCCAGCUAUAGCGAGAAGGUGUCCGAGGUGGAGAAGAGGUGGUCCGGCGAGUUCUUGAAGAACCAACUGGAUCGCCGCUCCUCGGAGUCGUCCAGGUCCUCUUACGUGGAAGAGUGCAGCGUUUCCUCGCGGGAGAGCGUCGAGGAGUACGACGAUUCCGAACGGUUCGAGCGGGAAGAUCGAAAGACCGAGUUCGGCAGCCAUUCGGCGAUAGAUCUCUCUGGAAACCAAACGUCGGAAGAGAAUCUCGGGGACAGUACGCUGAGCACGGUCGGUUCAGGCUCGUGCUUGGAGGACAGGAUCAAGUCGCUGGACGAGGACAUCGAGGCGCGAGGAGAAAUCGAAACAGCGCGCGAGGAUGAGUGCGAGGAAUCGGAGCGGCAAGAGGAAUUAGCUGGGAGCGAGUGGAAAGAGGAGUCGCGAGAUUCGAGGAUCGACGGGUACGCGAGUCUGAUAAAAGAAUUCACGAUGGAGGCUGGAUGCUCGCGAGCGAGAAAAGAGGAGAAGCCAAAGAAGAAGCUCGGGCUUCGACGUCUGCUACCGGGCUUCUUCUCACCGAAGGACUCGCGGAAGGAAUACAAGAAGAAGGAAGGGAAAGAUCGGAAGAGACCUGACGACAGGUACUUCGCUCGGUACCAACAGAACGGAAACUACACGAGAUCGCCGGACACGAUGAACCUGAACGAAGACAUCAAGAGGAACGUGAAGCUGGACAACAGCUUGAACGGAUCGAUGAUCGAAGAGAGACUGGACGAGAUCAAGCGGGAACUGUUCCCGGAGCAGGGGCUCAUUACCAGCACUCCGGAUCAUUUGGCCAGGGACGAGGAUCGGAGCCUCGCGCGCGAUCAGGGUCACCCGCGAUCGUACACCACCGACUCGAGUCUGAGCUCGAUCGCGCCCGACGACAGGUGGAACAACGAGCGGAAUCUCGGUAUAUCUCCGGACAUCCGCAAGUUCGAGCAGAGGCAGAAGCGCGAGGAAUUCGGGCAGAGGUACGGGCAACUGGAGCGAAAGCACAGCUUGCAAGAACCGAAGCCUUACUUCUUCCAAAGGAAUCACGGCCCGUCGGGCAGGAUCUCCGCCCCGCCCGCCGAGAGAUAUUUUGUCCGUCCCAGAGCGAUCCACCCGAUCGACAGGCCUCUCCCCGCGAUCCCUCGCUCCCGAACGGAGCUGAUCGACUACGACGAGAAUUACCUGGCGGAAGAGGACGAGACGCGCGAGCAAAUCGGAUACGGGAAGCGGGAGCAACGUCAUCCGAGCGAGCCGGGAUUCUACGAGAACGAUCCGACGUCCGGUUUGAUCCUGAAAUCGGUUUCGGCUCAAGUGAAGAUCACUAGGCAGCCCAUAGUGAAUCAGAAUCAGAGAGCACCGCUGGUCGGGAGAUCGCCCAAGUAUCUCUCCUCCGGCUCGAGCCACAAGUCCGGGGAUUACGGGGAUUCGAGUUGUACGCCGAAUUCCAGCCAGAAGAGCGAGUUUUCGCCGACCAGCUCCAAGAGCGGCGAGUACUAUCUGCACUCGCCUCGGAACAGCGCCUCUCCCAACGAGAAGGAGGGGAUCUACGAGAACGAGAAGUCGCCGUCGAGAUCUUCGACUCGUUGCAUGGACGAACGAAUCUACGACGAGACGCCCUCGUCGCCGUGCGAAAAAGGUUCUUACGAGGACGCGCUGAAUCGGAGAACCGCCUCGCCUCGUCGAAGAAUCGAACGCUCCGUUUCGCCGAGAGAAAGCGCGGAAAAACGCGAGGACGCGCAGAGACGAGAAGAACCCGCGACUCUCGAUCCGUCGACCAGCGAGACUCGAGGUAAACCGAUCUCGCCGUCGCGACAGUCGCUCUCCAGAAGAUCUCGUCCGAACGAACAGAUCUUGAUAGCCUCGCCGAAGAGAGAAUCCUUCGAAACGCGAAUACCACGACCCACGGAGUCCAGGCGCUGCGCCAGGGAAUCGCCCGUACAGAUAACGAGCGCGCCUCGCGAGCUCGUCGACUCGUUCGACGCGAGCGGCCAAGACUCGGCCGGAAACGUCGCCCCCGCGAGAGGGCAAGGAUCCCCCGCGAAAAUCCCGCGACCAGAACCUGUGUACGGUCACAGAGGUGGCCAAUUAGUCCCUGGCUCUCCAACGCGGGUCAACGUUCAGAGAAAGGAUCCCGAGGACACGGUAGCUUGGACGCGUUCGAGUCCUCAGAAGAACGAACCCACGAGUCCGCAGACGAGAAAUCCUAAUCCGAUAGCUGCUCAACGCGUUCCGCAACAGCAGCAGCAGCAGCAGCAACAACAACAAAUCGAAGUCUCGUACGUGCAGAGAAUCGGUGAACCAAUGUAUGGAUCGCGGACAGCGACGGGAUCGUUGUCUCCCUCGAAGCAACAGACGAGGCAACAUCUGGAGGCGUUCUACUGGCAGCAAAAGGCGCUCGAGGCCCACAGAAAGUCCCUCGCGUCUCCGACGAACGUCGGUCAGAGACAGAUGGGUCGAAAAAUUGAUUUACCGGAGGUCAGGGAGGCCGUGUACUGGCAGCAGCUCAAGAAGUUGGACGAGGAGCAACAGAGGCGCAUCUAUGAGCAGAACGCGAUGGAGGAGACCGCGCGAUGCAAGAUUCGAGCAAAGAAUCCGACGCGAACACCGGCAGCGAGGCAGCAGGAAUCCGUUCAGAAUCUUUCGAUGCCCGGUUGCGGGGAUCUUCGUUGCCCGAAAGGUAAUCCCACGGGCAAACCGCCGCUCAUGCAGACUCAGAAAGGGCAGAACCAGCCGGUUCUCAUCGUCCGACCGCAGCAGGCGAUUCGCGAUCGACGAGAGAUCCCGUCGAAGCCUGUAGACGCGAGCAGGCAGGAGGCUCAGAGAUCCAAGAGUGCGUCUCCCCACUUCCACCGAAACGAUCCGCAACCGAGGAAGCUGCAAGUCUCCUCGAUCUACGAGGACGGAAAAGCUCCACCGGCUCCGAUAUUCAAAAGAGGCAGCUUGGUGGGCGGAGAACCGACCACGGUCGAGUACGCGACCGGAAGUGGCGCGAAGAGGGUCAGCUUCUCGAAUCAAUCGGCCGCGGGUGGACGAGAUCUGGCCACUGGAAAUUGGCCGACGAAGCGCGGCACCGCUCCCGAACCGCCGACCCGGAGGCACCGAAGCGAAGACAGUGUCUCCGACACGGAUUCCGUGUUUCUGCAUCAACGCGAGGCCGGAACCGACGAGUACGACGCCGACAGACCUCUGCCGCCUCUUCCCAAGGACCCGAGGAUCGGACCAGGAGGAACCGUCCCUUGCGGCGACGUCCGGUGGAACUCCCCUCGACCACCGACCGGCGCUCAACGACCGCAGAAGGAGGAAGAGUGGAAUUCGGAUGGCAAGGGUCGACAGUCCAACGACACCGGUGGGUCCGGCAGGGGGGAGAGCGAGGCAGGCUCGAACGAGGUCCGGAGAGGCGGAAGCGGGGGUGGCGGCGUGGGUAGCAUCGGGAGCGGUGCAGGAAGCGUGCUGGGGGUUGGCGGAAGCGGAAGCGGAAGCGUGGUCGGCGGGUCCGGCGGUAGAAGCGGAUCCGGGGGUGGGGGCAGAUCGAGGGACGAACCGAGGAGGCACACCCUCGGCGGCGAUCACCAGCCCUCUCUGCAUCAUCAGCAGUUCAACGCGGCCCAGCAGUUGCACCCCCUUCAUCCUCAUCACCUGCCACCGCCCCACGGCCAAUACGGCACGCCGCCCACGCGUCACACCACCAUGGAUCUCGAGAUGGGGACCAAGUCUCGGCAGAGGAAGUCGCCCCUUCCGCGCGGUUACCCGCCUCCCUCUUCGACGAUGUUGUUCGACGACGACCCGGGCAUCAUGUCCGAGGUGGAGACGUCGAGCACCGGAUUCCGACGGGGCGGUAAGCAAAGAAGCAGCCUCCCCGUCGUUCGGACCCCGAGCAAAACUCUGGAGCGACCACUAGGUCUAGUGUUCCUGCAGUAUAGGAACGAGACGAAGCGGGCACUGCUACCAAACGAAAUUACUAGUAUAGACACCGUCAAGGCGCUAUUCGUCAGGAGCUUUCCGAAGCAACUCACUAUGGAAUACCUAGACAGUCCUCACGUCAAGGUUUACAUACACGAUAGCAACAAGGACAUGUUCUACGAACUCGAAGAUCUCAGGUCUCAUCUGAGAGACAUCAGAGACCGAAGCGUGUUGCGGCUGUUCGAGAGCAGCGACGGGGUCACGGGGAUGCCUGGACCACUGGGGAUACCGGGAUCGGGGUUGCCGCCGCACUGGGAGGACCAGAGCUACUUCAGCGAGCCGGAGUUCGACAGCGAGUACCAGCAUCAACACAUUCACAAGAGCAAGACUGCGAAGAACUCGAAUUCGAACAGCGGAUACUACGUGGGUGGAAGCAGCACGCUGCCCCGAGGAGGCCAGAUGAUGAGGGCGUACAGUCCCGCGGCGUCGUCGGUCGUCGGAGGGCCGACCGCGACUCCCACGCAGGCGAAACCUAUCGCGACUCCAGUUUUUCCGGAUGGUUGGAUAGGAGGUGGCGGGGUGCCGCCGGCCAAGCCGCUUCGCAGCUACCAGUGCGGUAAGAGUCCCCUUGGAAGUCUCGGGGGCUCGGCUCGCUUCUCUAGAGACAGCUCGGUCUCCCUCUAUAGUAUAGCAGAUCGUCUGCACGGGGAAAGUGGGUAUAUGAGCAGUCCCGAGAGAGGCGGCGGUGUCGGCUCCGGAUCCGGAAGAUACCCCCCGGGUCCCUACAGCGCCGGAAGCAGCUACGAGGACCCGUACUACUCCCAGUACUCGGGCACCGUGACGCCCGUCAUCGACGAGGAAGCCAGUGGGUGGUGCAGCGAUACGGAACUGUUGGAGGAAUCGUACAGCCUUUACGGUGUGAAACCGCCAGGGCGUCCGCCGUCCGGUCCUCCGCGAUCCCCGUUUCCUCCAGGAGCGCCACCCUUGCCACCCGGUGGUCAGAGCUACGACGCUACUCGGAUAAGAGUGGAGCACAUGGAGAGGCAACUGGCGAACCUGACGGGGCUGGUCCAGAAGGCCCUGACCCACGCGCCGCACACGAGUCCGUCGCCCAGGGAUUACUUGCAGGUUCCCGCGGGACGCGAUCCCUACGCGAGAGGACCAGGCGCCGGGGACGAGUUCGACAAACACUCUAGCUCCAGCUCUGCCUCAUUGCCAGUGUCUCAACCUGCCGUUACAGAUGACUCGUACUUAAGGACCGACGUUAAACCACCAAAGUUAGGCAAAGACAAGUCGGUGUCGUUUGAAAAGUCAGUGUCCUUCAGUGACGAGCCGCCAGACAUGAACUCGCCGAAGCAGCAUUCCCCGCAGCACGCAGCGGACACAAAACCAACGAAACCGGCGAUCAAAUCCUCAACGUUGCCGAGGAUGUCUUCGCAAGAGAGAGACAGGCACAAGCCUACGCCGCCGCCGAAGCCGGCCGCGCUCGUGGCCGGCCAAUACGUCUACCGGGACUUGGCGCUGACGCCAGAGAUGUACAAUCAGUUGCGAGGGCUCCAGAAGAAGGCAAAGGACCUCAGGCAAGAAGUGAGGCACCUCAGACGCAUGUCCCAGGCUCAGGCGCACACCAUACGAGAGACCAUCCUGGACACGUUCAUCACUAUCAGGACGAUGUUACUGUCGUGCGGGGACGCCGCCUGGGACGCGGAGAAGAUUCGACUGACCCGCGAGGAAGACCUCUACAGGCAGGAGAUGCUGAGGCUGGUAAAAGAUCUGACCGAGCUGGAGAACACGGUGGAGGAGCUACGCGGCAACGUCAUCAACAGGAAGACGAGGGUAAACAUGUCGGACGUGGAGAACAUGGCCUUGAUAAUGAGCAAAUCGAGCAAAACGGUCGCGGAUCUGAAGGUGCGUUUCCCGAGUCUUCAGGAGGGCAUGAAGGGGCUGUUGAGCUCGGAGAUGGAGAUGGUGGUGCGGGCGGAGAAGUUCCUGAAGGAGGAGCCGGAACGACUGGAAUCGGCGUUGAAGCGUUGCAAAAAGCUCACCAGUACCCUCGUGACGUUGAAACGCUUGGCGUCGGUGCAGGAGCAGCGAUUACCAAACGCGGCGACGAGCGUAGACGCCGAAGAGACGCCACCGAUCACGCCUACUUCCGCUCAGCAUUCCAAGGCAGCUGCCCCUGUGCCAGCGGAACGCACUGUCGUGGGGUCAGCGAGCGUCCUCGGGGGAGGGCCCCACGCUCACGAGCCACCCGCCACCCAUCAGCAGCGUCCGGAGAACGCACUCGACGCUCUGCUAGACGAGCUGCAAACGUUCUCGAGGCCGAGCUCGCAGCUGGGCCACACGCAGGGCUCCUCGACGAUCAUCUCCGAACUGGGCAGGUCGGCGAGCAGGGGAGAGGCUGUCGGAGCGUCGUCGACGGUCGGUGGUGGCCGACCGCCGUGCAUAUCCGACAUAGGCAGGAAGGGAAGCGUGGACUCGUCGAGCGGACCCCUUCCGGGUACGCUCGUUCCGAACACGGCCGUGCUACCGUCCACCCAAGGAGGAACCUUGCGGAGGUUGCACUCGUAUCCGUCUAGCUCGGACACGGACACCUCGCCACCGAUAGCGAGACUGCAGGUGUCCCUUCAAGAACAGCCCAGUCUGCCCACGCUGCCGCAGGGAUUCGUCCCGGGACAGAAGCCCCCGGUCCCGGAGAGGAACGCGGAGUUGCUCCAGCUCGCCAGCGCCAGGCGAGUCCCACCUCCGCCACCGCCGCGCACCAGCUCCAGAUCACCGUUGGCCAGUCCCACCAGUCCUCAGCUACCACCCCGGAAUCAUUCGUGCGCGCUGCAGGGCAACGCUACGCUGCGGAGGCCACCGGCUCGCGGAGCCCUUCCCGUGAAGGAGGGCAAGCCUCCGAUGGCACUACCGGCCGAGGUCGUAGCCUCCGAAGCGAGCCCGGCUCUACACAAUAAUUCUACCAGCUCCCAGUCCUCCGCCGUCCUCUCGACGAGUAACUCGAGUUCCUGCGAGAGCGUGAACUCGCAGGAGGGGUUGCAGAGUAAGAAAGGCAGGCACGAACAGUUGGAACAGCGGCAUCAAGAACUGUUGCGGAAGCAGAAGGCGUUGCAGGAACAGUACGCGAGGCUCCAACAGCUGCAGAGGAACACCGCGGGUCUGACCACCGUUCCACCAGCGCCGCCGGACCUCUUGAAGAAGACGGGCUCCGAGAGCAAUCUGCUGGCCAAGAUGGGCUUGGGUCUCAGCGCCGCGAGUUCGGGAUCCCUGACCAGCCUCGCUCAAGCGAAGCCCGGCGUUCCUCAGGAGUCCUCGGUGGACGGGACGCGAACGCGUUUGGACGACGUCGAACAGCAGCAGCAACAGCAGCAACAACAGCAGUCGGUCGCGAACGAGAACUCGACGAUCGUUGGCUCGAGCGAGUCGGACGGUGGUCAAAGCGUCGCGGCGACGACAACGACGACGACGCCGGCCAGCGGUACGGCGACGACCACUACCACCAGCAAGAUCUACGAGACGGACAUUCUGUGACUGAGACGCCGGUCGUUGCUCGUUCCGAACGCGGAGGUCGUGCUCGCGAGUUAACCCGCUCCUCGGGGUGAUCCGAGAGAAAAACGCGGCAGGCUGGAAGGUAGAGUAGAGGACUUAGCGAGUCACGCGUUAUUCAUAAUAUCGUCUAUCAUAAUUAAUAACGGUAUAGUAUCAAUAAUCGUAAACGGAAAGCGCACGCUGCUCUCCCUCGCUCUUUCUCUCUUUCUCUCGGAACGCGCGAUUCGCGCGUGGGAAGGGGUGGUGGUGGUGACACGUUCCACCAAAGGGAAAUCGAGUUCCUGGCCGGAAGACAACGGAAGAGGUAGAUGGAUCGCGGCGACCAUCGACUGUGCCAAAAAAAGAAAAGGGGAGGUCGCGUGUCUCGUGCGACGAGCCCGCUUAUUAUCCCCGCGUUUUCCUCUCGAGCUCCGUCGAACUUUGCACACGGGCGGACAGAUCCUAGGAGCCCCGCGAUGAUCGGGCUCUCGAUCUGAUCGAAUUAUCCUACAUACGUAUGAACACACUUAACUAUAUCUACGAAGGAGAGACGAGAAAUUUAUAUAUUCGACACACACAGACACACACACACACACACACGAGUAUCAGAACGAGUUUCUAUAUAAGCGAAUAUUUAUGCGAAUACGUAGUUAGGUAGAUAGAGAAGAGCCACAGGUGGAACGAUAUAAUUAUAAUAGUAACGCGUCAAUAUCGUAGACGAGAUUCUCGAGGACGAACGAUCGUCCUUCCUGUUCCCAUAGGAAGCGCACAGACAGCGCAUUUCUCUCAGUAUAUUUCUUGUAAGUCACGAUGCGUGAAAGGAGGUGUGCGUGUUUCUACAUAAAUAAAUAAGUAGCUUCGAUCGGAGAGGGGACGAAAGCUCGAGCGGAAACGUGAAUCUUGAGACGGCAUGAUCGAAAGGAACAUUAUUGCUCAAUUCUUAUGGAAAAAGAUGUGAAUGCGGCGCUUUCUAAUCGGCCGUUGAUCGGUUCCAGGGCGCGUAUCAUUUUGGAAAGCUCCUCGACGCCGUCGUUCGACGCGAAGCACCCUUCGGUGCAUUCGGACGACGUCGCCUCGCCCUUGGAACGAAUUCACGAUCGACGAGCGCGAACGUUCGUCGCUGAUUCGAUUAGCCGAUUAAAUUGUUGAAUCGCGGAGCAUAUCGCACUCGCGAAUCCGAAGUUUUCUGUCAGCCUCGUCGACCAGUCGUGAUCGCCACUGGACAGGGGACGGGGAUGCGAGACGGAUCGAAACGUAUUCGGGCAGCGGGAGAUCCUCGCUGCCGUUUGUCAUCGGGAUCGUAGAGAAACGUCGAAAAUCAAGAGAGGAGCUACUCAACGCUCGACAGAAAUCACAGGAUACGUUCAUAUAAUCGAUACGCGCAUACUUUGCUUCGAGCGGCCUAAUAGCCGAUACCUAGAUUCGUGCUUUUCUCGUUUCGUUUUCGAGUUAGUAUGUCUUCAGUAUUUGCCGCAGUUUCCCUUUCCGCCGAUCCGCCCGUUCACGGUAGCGGACCUCAGAGGAUGGAUCUCGUCUGUUAACGCGCCGAUCGUAAUCGCGCUCUUAUUUAUUUUCUACGUACAUCACGAAACGCAUCUAUAUGGAAGUAAUAAUUAAAUAUACGUACUACGAUAAGAGUAAUACGAAUUAAGGCAUGGAGUCACAGUAUUCAGUUGCGAGCGUUUUAUCGACGCAUUAAAGAAACGAUCGAGGAGACGAUUCCAGCGAACAAGCACUUUCUCGUUCGAUCCGACGAUCGAACCUGUAUAUUGUUCUGUUCACGACAGUAGGUACUUACACGCAUAAUUUGCAUCUGUACAAAGCUGCUUUCCAUCGAACACCCCCGUUUCCCUCGCAUCCUCUCGCCCGACUCUCUUCGCCCCCCUGCCCCUGCUUCUUCCGUUCUCUUCGUCGGCUCGUUUGUUCCAUCCCUCGUUCCAUAGAGGCCAUCCCGUUCCCGGGUAAAACAGUUUUCGCUCGAAGACGGCCCUCGAACACAGCUGUCUACCAUGGGACCUACCGAUUCAGUUUUCUCUCCCGAACGUUAGCCUAUAAUCGAUAUGUAAUGUUUUCCGACGAUCCUGUACGCCAAAUCGAAUUGACUUGUUACAUUUGUAAAUGUUUGUAAGUAACUAUCACGUAAUAAAAUAAUCGAUUAAUAAUCAUCGAAACGGU